CAAACAUGUGCUUGUAAUCGGUGAAGCUUGCAGCGACGCGAGCUGUCUAGCAAUUCUAAUCAUAUGUAAUUGUCCCCUCUUCGUUCAAGUUAAGAGUAUGCCGUCUUUCUCGUCCUUCGAGCUCAGUAUCUCGACAGUGUUCAGACUAAACACGAGAAUCCCCGGCUACUCGAUAUUGCCUUGACUACGGACAUGAACCUGCACAAUCAUUGCAAAAGCCCCACCCGCAGUUGGGACCUUGCCACGGUUGGUCUAGCCCAAGUCCAAUUCUUUUCAUUGGCACUGCACGAGGUGGCCGAAAAGCUCGUCACGAGGAACAGAGUCGCAGAAAACGUGGUUUGCGAGCUUCGUGAGGCCAGCGAAGCAACAAGCUGAAAUGAAGCCCAAGCGGAGCCGAAAUGCCGCAGACUUGGUUUCUACAAGUGCCAGCGGUAUCCCAAAGCCCUCGUUUCUCGCUGCUUGACCAAAGCGCUCGACCGCUCCACGCGCCUGUUUUCCUGCUAGGAGGGACAUCCACCAGGUCAAGCGUAGCGUAUCGCUGCGUGGAUGCGUCCUGAUGGGCAGCCUCGUCGAGAAAGGCUGGACGCCAACACGCUGGAAAGCGCAGCUUCCAACCGCAAACCAGCCUCCUUCCUUUUGGCUGAGGUGCAGCUAACGAUGGUGACUGAGCCAUGUGUUUGCCGCAUCAAACGGCUAUCGAAAUGGAGACGGUAACGUCACGGUUCAACUCGUCAAGGCGGGAGGUAGACUUUGACGAUGCCCUUCCCCCGCUGUCCAACGGCUGCGGCCUCUUUUGCAUGGACCUGGGAGAAUCGUCGUGCAGAUCAUCAUACGCACGGAAAAUUAUAACACCAUGUCGUGGAUGUAGGCAUCUUCUCGGCGCAUUCUUGUUCUGUCGAGCCAAUGGUGGAACUGAACGGCAGGUUGUUGGGGUGAUAGGCAAGCCUUAUUUCCAAAAACAAAUGGAAGUCGUCUUUGCUGCCAACCACGGGCGCAUUUUUUUGCCACAAGAUCAUCCAAAGUAGAGCUUUCAUGCUAACCGCUAACUCAGGGGAUACACUUUUGUCAAAAAAAAAUGGGAUAUACGGUUCAGCACUUGCAUCCGGGUUCUAGCAACCUCAUUUGAUCGUCCAGGGGUGAAGAGGAAAAAAAAAA